CAUAUAAACUACGUCAGCCUUAUCAUCUUGUUUUCCCCCAAGCCUAUAUAAUUACUAUAUGCUAUAAUUUUAUAUACAAAUAAGAACAUUUGCAUUGGUUCAAGUACAGAGACCUUUUCCUGAUUUUCUGCUGUCUCAACUCUCAAGGAAAUCUGAAAACUUCAUGAGCUUCAAUUGAAUCAUAUUCUUGGAUAAAAUGGAUGGAAAAAGCUCUCUUCAAAUAACAAAAGCUUCUGGUGCUUAUGAUGAUGAUGGACAUGCAAAAAGGACUGGAAAUUUAAAGAGUGCUGUGGCUCAUAUCAUCACAGCAGUUAUUGGUUCUGGUGUUCUGUCAUUGGCAUGGAGUACUGCUCAAUUAGGAUGGAUUGGAGGACCAGUUACCUUGCUUUGUUGUGCAAUAGUUACUUAUAUUUCUUCAUUCCUUUUAUCUGAUUGUUACAGAAAUCCUGAUUCGGUAACUGGGAAAAGGAACUACUCUUACAUGGAUGCUGUUAGAGUUAAUCUUGGUAAUAAAAGGACAUAUGUGGCUGGUUUCCUUCAAUUUUUGACCUUGUAUGGGACUGGUGUUGCCUAUGUACUUACCACAGCCACAAGUUUGAAGGCUAUCAUGAGAUCAAAUUGCUAUCAUAAAGAAGGACACCAAGCUCCUUGUAGAUAUGAGGCUAAUAUAUAUAUGGUGUUGUUUGGAGUUGUUCAGAUUGUAAUGUCGUUCAUACCGGAUCUCCAUAACAUGGCUUGGGUUUCAGUUGUUGCCGCACUAAUGUCCUUUACAUACUCAUUCAUUGGACUAGGACUUGGCAUAUCAACAGUCAUAAAAAAUGGAAGAAUUAUGGGAAGUAUAACAGGAGUACAAAAAGCUAAAGUUGCUGACAAAAUCUGGUUAAUCUUCCAGGCAAUUGGUGACAUUAGUUUUUCCUAUCCAUAUUCAAUUAUCCUUCUUGAGAUACAGGACACACUAGAGUCUCCUCCACCAGAGAAUCAAACAAUGAAAAAGGCUUCCAUGGUUGCAAUCUUCAUUACAACAUUCUUCUACCUAUGCUGUGGAUGCUUUGGAUAUGCAGCUUUUGGAGAUGCUACACCAGGAAAUCUCUUGACAGGGUUUGGAUUUUUUGAGCCUUAUUGGCUUAUUGACAUUGCCAAUGUUUGUAUUAUCAUUCAUUUGGUUGGAGGCUAUCAGAUAUACAGUCAACCAAUAUAUAGUACUGCUGAUAGAUGGUUCACAAAAAAAUACCCCAACAGUGGCUUUGUGAACAAUUUCCACAAAGUGAAACUUCCUCUAUUACCUUCUUUUGAGAUAAACCUUUUCAGAUUCUGUUUUAGAACAAGCUAUGUGAUUUCAACCACUGGACUUGCAAUUCUAUUUCCUUACUUCAACUCAGUUCUAGGAUUAUUAGGAGCCAUAAAUUUCUGGCCAUUGGCUAUAUAUUUCCCAGUUGAAAUGUACUUUGUACAGAAGAAAGUUGGAGCUUGGACUAGAAAAUGGAUUGUUCUAAGGAUUUUUAGCUUUGCUUGCUUCCUUGUCACCAUGGUUGGAUUUGUUGGAUCAUUUGAAGGAAUCAUAAGUGAGAAAAUUAGAGGAAAAGGUUAAUGGUGUUAUUAAUCCUUAAUAAUGCUUACUUUAUUUGGGGUUGUACAUUGGUUCAUGUAAUGUAAUAGUGGUGGUUUCAGAGUUGUUAGAUAGGGAUUAAGAUAUUUAAGGGAUGGAUUAUACUACUGGCCAUUUAAUAAUAUACAAGUUGAUUGAUGCAUAACUCCCUUCAAAGAAGUGAGUUCCAACAAAUUUGUAGUUUGAUAUUGAUGGAGUUCUAUUUUAUCGAAGUCCCAAACUUUAUUUUUCUCAAAAAUA